AUGGAGGACUUUGACAAACGCCAAUCAAAUCCAAAUCCUUCCAAUACCGGUCAUAAUGAGGUAGACCUGUCUCUCGACCUUCCUGCCGGACACAAUCUCCACCGUCAAGAUACCGACAAGAUACCUCCUUCGGCUAAGCCGACCGUCCACUACCCGGACCAGCUCGCAGGCGACCCUUCUCCCGGCCUCUAUUUCAACAGCCCGCCCGCCCACUCACGUGCUCCAAGUCUCGCCGGUACCGACGAUGAGGAUUUCGAGCAGGACGAUUUUGACUGGAGCGGCGACGAGGAGCUGGAGGAGGAGGAGGCAAAGUUUGAGAAACGCGCCGGUGUCAAGGUCUACCGCCGUCGCUGGGGACCCCUCAGGGUGUUCACCUUCCUUUUCUCGACACUUAUUGGUUCCGUCUUGCUUGCUGGUAUCAUCGCCACGCCUGCUAUCCUUGUCAACUACUACUGGUACCUGCCUGACCCGACGCCGCAUCGCCGUUAUGUCAAGGCUAACAUUGAGGCGUGGCUUUUCUGGGCGGCGGCGAACAUCGUCAUUUCCUGGGGCCUUGCUAUGAUCGUGGACGUCGUUCCUGUCUUUACGCGUUUCGCCAUUUCGCUCUCGUGGGGCCACGUUUCGGAAGAGAUGAAGAACCACAUCGAGCUGUACGACUCCAUCAAGGGGACGUUCAAGCCUCUGCUUUACGCUGCCGAGGCCUGGCUCAGCUGGGUUAUCAUCUUCGCCAACAUCUACGAGCUCCAUAAUAUGGAUCCUGACGUGGCCAGCUGGGCUUCUUACACUGACAGGCUUUAUCAAGUCAUCGAGUUCCUCUUUUUCUUUGCGCUGGUCAUAUGCGUUCAAAAGAUGCUGUCCCAUGCUAUUGCGUUUGCGUUCCAUCGCACUGCGUACAAGGAACGUCUUGACGAGGUCCAUGUCGCUCUCAGGGCCAUUGAGACGCUUCGCAACUACAAGCCUAAACUUCGCCAUCGCCCCAACAAAUCCGGAGGUGGCCAUACCCCGAUGUUCUCGUUCGGCGGAAUGAUGACGCCCUUUUCGGAGAAAGAGCACUUUGACUUUGUAUCGAACAAACUCCGCAGUGCCAGUCCCGCAGCCACGGAUAUCAGCGACGCCGAAGCCGACGUCGAGGACGGCGGCGAGCCCUCCAAGAAGGGCAAGGGCAAGAAGCGCCCGGACAGCCGUGGGCUCGCGACGACUCCCACGCUGCGCCUGAACGACAGUCCCACUGGCACGCCCGCCUCGGAGAACCCGGAGUUCGCGGCGGGUGGCUCGCCGGUUUCACCGCUGCAGUCGCCGAAGGAGAAGGCGGUAGCGCUGGCGGCGGGGGGCACGCACAAGUACCCGCCGACGCCGCCGUCGCGCCGGCGUUCGGCGGAUAACCAUGAUGAGGAGGCGAAUGCGGUGAGGCAGGCUGCGAAGGCGAUCAGGUCGGCGGUGUUGCAUGAUGCUCGUAAUGUGAAGGGCAAGGAGGCGGACAUUAGCGGUGCGAUUUUUGGUGUUGGAUCUAACCGGGAGGCCAAGCGUCUUGCGCGUGCGAUCUACAACACCUUCCGCGAUCGCAAGCGCCGGUACCUGAUCGCGAAGGACUUUGAGCGCGCAUUCCCGAGCGAGGAGGCCGCGCGGCAGGCGUUCCGCGUGUUCGACCGGGACAACAACGGCGACAUCCAGCGCGCGGAGAUCAAGUCGACGCUGCUGAACGUGUACAAGGAGCGGCGGUUCCUGUCGCGCUCGAUGCGCGACGCGGGCGUUGCGCUGCGCACGCUGGACAAUCUGCUGCUGUUCUUCGCGCUCGUGAUCUUGUUCUUUAUCUCGCUCAGCAUUUUUGGGGUGAAUGUGACGAAGAGCCUGACGAGUGUGUAUUCGCUGGGGAUCGCGGCGAGUUUUGUGUUUAAGAAUGCGGCGAGCAAUGCGUUCGAUGCGAUCAUGUUUCUCUUUGUUACUCACCCUUUUGAUACCGGAGACAGGGUGUUUAUCAACCAGGAAAAUCUGGUGGUCAAGAAGAUGGGUCUGUUUGCGACCGUGUUCGCGCGCAUCGACGGGACGGAAACGUACUAUUUCAACAGCCAGCUGUUCACCCAGUUCAUCACGAACGUCCGCCGAAGCGAUAAAAUGGCCGAAUAUGUGACGCUUAACGUCGCCUGGCGCACUCCGCAAGAAAAGCUGGAUGAGCUUGUCAAGUGCAUCAACGACUGGCUUGCGAGGGAGGAGAACCGCUGGUUCCAGCCCUCGACGGGUCUUACGCCCCAGGCGAUUGUGUUCCAGAGACAUUAUACGCUCUCGAUGACUAUCCCGCAUAACUCGAACUGGCAGGACUGGGGCCUCAAGAACGCCGCGCACACCGCCUUCCAGGUCGCCGUGCAGUACUACUGCAACAAGCUGGGGAUCACCGCGUACGAGUCGCCCAUGCCCAUCGUGUUCGCGGACCCGCAGACGGGGCGGUACCAGCCCCGGGACUGGGGCCGGCCCGAGGCGGACAAGGGCUCCGACGCAGCGUCGACGACGUCGGUGCAGGAGCAGCCGCGGGAGGACUCGGAGCGGCCGCCUGUGCCGAAGACGAUUCUGGGGUUUACGCCGCCGGACGACAGUACGGUGCAUCUGACGCGGGCGCGCAAGAGCCGGAGGGACGCGGCGCUGCGCACGGCCGGGGGAGGCGGGGAUGGGUGA